AGCUUCUUCAGAAAUAUAUGCCAGCAAUAUUAAUUCUCCCCUUUUUUUUCUGUGUGUAAAAGUCUUUGUUAUAUUAAGGCUUCUAUGGUGUGCAGGGGAAUGGAGAAUGGGAACACGCAAUAGCAGAAGUACGGGCAGUGGAGGAGCUUCAGGGGAUUCUCCAAGAGGCUCCCGCAGCAACUCAGGAUCUCGUGGUCUGCAGGAUGAUGAUGACGAGGAGAACGUUGACCUGGCGCAGGUACUGGCGUAUCUUCUGCGCAGGGGGCAAGUUCGGCUAGUGCAGGGAGGGGGACCAGCAAGUUUGCACCUCGUGCAGUCGCUGUCUGAUUCCGACGAUGACAAUGACAGUGCUUGGGAAGGCUGCAUGGGAGACCGCUACAAUCCCCCUGUUGAUCCCACACCAGACACUACAAUGCUGGAUCAGAGCCAGAUAAGAACCCAGGUCUUGCUCGCUACAGGAAGGCUAGGAGCACGCAGAGAACAGAAUGUCACUCGUCUGCUUCUGGAGAGAGAGCGAGGAGGGUGUGAUUUCUCUCAUGGAGUGCGCUGCCGUGUGUCAUCUAAUUUUCUGCCAAACCAUGUUUCUGCCACGGAUUCGUACACUCAGAAGGCUUUCUGUGGGGUAUAUUCUUCAGAUGGCACCAUCUUUAUGUCUGCUUGCCAAGAUCAGAAUAUUCGCCUUUAUGAUUGCCGAUAUGGAUCCUUCAAGAAGUUUCGGACCAUAAAAGCUCGAGAUGUGGGCUGGAGCGUCCUUGAUGUGGCUUUUACUCCAGACGGAGGACAGUUCUUGUACUCUAGCUGGUCUGACUACAUUCACAUCUGCAACAUAUAUGGGGACACAGAAUCACACACUGCACUUGAUCUCAGCCCAUCUGAGAGACGAUUUGCAGUUUUCUCUCUCACUGUAUCCUGUGAUGGUCGAGAAGUGCUUGGUGGAGCCAAUGAUGGAUGUGUGUAUGUGUACGACCUAGAACAGAACCGUCGAAUACUGAAGAUUGACUCUCAUGAGGAUGAUGUGAAUGCUGUCUCAUUUGCUGAUGAUAGCUGUCACAUCUUGUAUUCUGGGGGUGAUGACGCUCUAUGUAAAGUGUGGGAUCGUCGCACAAUGCGCGAGGAUGAUGCCAAACCAGUGGGACUGUUAGCUGGACAUCAGGAUGGUAUCACAUUCAUUGACAGCAAGGGUGAUGCACGAUAUCUGCUUUCCAACUCAAAAGAUCAGAGCAUUAAGCUGUGGGACAUCAGGCGAUUUUCAGGUCAAGAAGGUCUGGAAGCCUCACGGCGAGCAAUCACCCAACAGAACUGGGAUUACAGGUGGCAACAGGUGCCCAAAAAAGCUCUCAGGAAAAAACGCCUUCCUGGGGACACAUCUCUGAUGACCUAUCGUGGCCAUGGUGUCCUUCACACUUUGAUCAGAUGUCGCUUCUCCCCUGCAAGCAGCACUGGUCAGCAGUAUGUUUAUAGUGGAUGCUCAACUGGUCGAGUCAUCAUUUACGACUUGUUAACGGGUCAGAUAGUGAAGAAACUGGCCAAUCAUAAAGCGUGUGUGCGGGACGUAAGCUGGCAUCCAUGUGACAACAGGCUUGUCAGCAGUUCGUGGGAUGGUAAAGUUCUCGUCUGGGAUCACCGCCAGUCUGAAUUUCAUGAAGAGGAUUUGCGCACCCCACCAUUAGAGUCUGAAGGCAGCCCUGCUAGCAGUUCCUCCUCCUGGUAGCCAACUGCAAUGAGCUCUGACACAACACUUGGCUUGCUGUGUGUGAAAUUGAAGACAGACAGAACAUCAAAGGAUUUGCUUAGUAUGAGUAGUUUGGUAAAUGUAAUGUGACAAAGUAUGGGUUUCUUCCUGUGAGUUGAAAAAAACGAGGACUACUUCAGAUCGCUGACCAUGUUAGUGACAGAUGUCUGAUUUGGUGGUUUGAUUCUUUGGGACACAGCAAUGAUGCCUGUUUUUGACAUAUUGUAAAAGAAAAGAUGUACUAUUAUAAUGUGUUAGUUGUGUCCUGGCUUCUAUUUCUAUAAUAAACUUGUCCCAAAUUAA